AAGUUGAAAUUUAUACGCUGAAGCAGCGGCUGCGAAUAGCGAUUGGUUUCCGACAAAAUCCAAGAUUACGCCCUCGUUUCGUUUCUGGUGGUCGAACCGAUGCUGCUCUUGAGCCAAGCGCCCAACGGAGCUCUCUCCGCCAGGAGAUGCCCCUCUUCCUCCUCCUCCGCCGUCUCCUCCUCCCUCAGCCCCUUCUCCAAGACCGACCCCUCUCUCUUCUCCAAAUCCCGCCCUCGCUUCCCCUCCCGGAACCCUAGGAGGCCGCGCCCACUGUCCCUCUCCGCGCCCGCCGUCGACCCGGGCCGCUCCGCCCGCCCCCUCUCCUCCCCGCCAGCUGCCGUUCAGGAGGACGAGAUCGUCUCCGUCGGCGACGACGGCGUUCCCCUCGAAGGCGUCAUCCAGUUCGAGAAGCCUGGGGGUUCCUCGAAGCUCCUUACUUGGGCGCAGGUGGGUCUUCUCGCGGGCGGAGACGUCUUGUGCCUUCUCAUUUUCUCGGCGGUAGGCAGGUUCAGCCACGGGUUGCCUGUUUUUGAUUUCGAGACACUGCGGACGGCUGACCCUUUUAUUGCUGGGUGGGUUUUGAGCGCCUACUUUCUUGGAGGUUACGGGGAUGACGGUAGAGGAGUGAAUGGUUCCAUGAAAGCUGUUCUCGCAGCUGUCAAGUCUUGGGCGAUUGGCAUUCCGUUAGGACUGGUAAUCAGGUCUGCAACAUCAGGUCAUGUUCCGCCAACUCCGUUCAUGUUGAUAACUAUGGGAAGUACUGGGAUCUUGUUGAUAGCAUGGAGGGCUUUGGUUUGCAAUCUUCUUCCGAGUAACAGAAACAAGCAGAACGAUGUCUAUAAACGUGGAAGCGCAUUCGAACUUUUUGAGUUACUGACAUCAUUGGUUCGUAGAUGGUGAUUUGAGCGUGAACUCAAGAAUGAUGGUCUUCUUCUACUACUACUCAUCUUAAUGUCAAUUGUGUUAACAUGUAUAUCAUGUGGCAGUAAUGUGUACCAAACGCAAGGUAGUAAUUAAUGUAAUACCUGGCUUUUUCUGGUGGCAUUUUGACAGCGUGCAAUAUGAUUUUAGUCCACAUUUCGAGAGUCUACAAAUUAGCUCAUGUAUGUUUGUAGCGGUCGUUUUAUUGUAUAUAUUUGUAUUUUUUAGAAGCUUCUUGUGCUAUAGUAUGUAUUUGAAUCCAAUAAUUUAUUUUUUCUGUGGUA